CCGCCCCCACAAUUUCGAAAUAAAGUAUAUAUACAAUGAGUAUCCAUUCUCAGAGUCUCCUAGAAAUACAUAAACAUCUCCUCUGCAUUUCGUUUUCAGUUGUUCAAAGCAAAUCUUCAUAGGCAGUGUAACUUUUGGUAAGUUGGGAUCCGUGAAGAACAACAAUGGAGGCCUCCAAGGAUCAUCCUACCCCAUAUCCAGGCAGAGUGAAGCAGAGAUUUGCACCCAAACCUUCACCCAGAGGCCAAGAACGUACAACUUCCAAUGAGAUAACAGUCAUACCUAAAAGAGAGAAACGGUUACUGAGUGUGAGCAAGAGUGUGAGCACUUUAGACUUGUCAGGGAAAGAUAAACCUGCAAGAGCUACAAGAAGGUUGUCUAUUCCUUCUAAAUAUGCUACCCCUGUUUCCAAAGCUGACAAUAAACUGUCUUCGUCUACACCUUCAGGCAACACAACAGAAAAAAAGUCUACUUCAAAGCCAGAUUUUAUUCUUAGACCCGUGAACAGUGAAAACAAAGCCAGAGCUACUGCCAAAUCAGUGUCAGUAUCAUUUCAAGGUUCAAUCAGUAGAAAUCAGGGUAAGGCUAAUGGUGUAAACAAAGAUGCAUUAGCAACCCCCACAAAUGGAGUAACAGUGCAGGAAUAUCCAAAAUCUGGACAAAGAAAGAAGUUCAGCACCUUGAUGUCAUCUUCCUACUGGUUGGCGCAAGUCAAACUUGCAGAAUCGGCAGGGAAACAUGCUAUUUCUCUUGGGUUUUUCCGUCUUGCUUUGGAAUCUACUGCUGAGCCUUUGCAAAGGCUCGGAGAUGAACUGAAAUCAUAUGCUAAAAAACAUAAUCUCCUUGACCUUGGAGAGGUUGCUAGAGACGUUUUGCAGAACUAUGGUAUCUUGGAAGAAGUUAUUGCAGAAGUUGAAACAAAAGUACGGCCCAAAGAUGUUGUGGCACAUAUACCUGAGGCGUGCCCACUUAUACCUGAAAAUGUUGAAGAAGAAGAAGAAGAUUCUAGCAGUGGGUCUGACUCCCAAAAUUCCAAAAAGAAUUCCACAGAUGCAUGCUCACCAAAGGUCAAUGUUUGCAAAGCUAGAAAGGCUAGAAAAUCUGACUCAAACAAAAAUCCUUCCACUGAAAAAAUUGACUCGCCGCAUGCAGAAAAACCAGACGACCUGACCUCUCCAAUUGGCAGGGCUAGCAUGACUCAAAAGAGGAAGAAAUCUUCAAUCCAGCUAGUCACAAGAACAACAACCACCAUAGUUGGAAAGGCAUCAAAUGUUAUUCCUGCAGAUAAGGCUUCUUUGGCUGGUAAAAAUCAGCAUGCAGCAAGGCGCUCCUCUCUGAAUCCUGCAAUGAAGAAAAAUCCUCAGAAUGAAAUCAAGGCUGCAAGCCAAAAAGAUAAGGGGAGUAACAUGAACAAGCCUUCUCAACUAGAUCCGCCUUCUGUCAUGGAGAGCACUGUAGAGCAGGACAAAGAGAACCAGGAUUUCCAGCAGAUGGACACUACCAACCCACAGAAUGAAUCUGAGGUCUUGGUUCAAGGGUAAGAUUGGAAUACAAAAAAUUCUAACGAGGGUCAUGAUUGAUUUCAGUUGUCGAAUUUAUGUCCGAGUAUCUUGGUUUUUUACAAAGAUAGUGAAAUGGAGUUAUGCAUUGAUUCUGCCUUGAUUAUAAAUUGUAAGGUUUGUAGAAAUUGUUUGAUUCGUAAGUAUGAAAUGUAAAUAUGUAAAUGUCAGAGGUUUUUCGUUACUCAUGUACGAGGAAUUUGAAUGCGAGAUUGUAACAAGUUUUAUUCUUUAAUUCUGUAAUGCUAUUAAGUUUUGUUA